GUUUAUUUUAUUUGCGCCACUGAACUUGGAAUUAGUUUGACAUACGUUAAGAUGACCAAAACUGAAAAGAAAGAGGAGUCUUCCGAGGUCUUACGCGUUUCGAUGGAUUUACUAUACGACACCCAAAAGUUGCAAGCUUUACUGGAGAAGGACCAGAAAAUCAACUUGGGGAAAGGCAAGGUGGACACCUUUAAGAGGGAUGGAUACCAGUCUGUUAGUCUGUACACCAAAAGACUUAUAGACAUGUAUGAAUACGAAUUUCAGAUCGAAGCAGCAAAGGCGCUGUUUGGCAAGAUUCCAGACGACCGCAAGCACUGCCGUCUCGAACGCGUAAAAAAUAAAGCCUAUCGAGACUUCACCGAUGGCGAAUUAAAUGAAGACGUUGGGGAACUUAAUGAAGACAGUGACGUUGGGGAACUUAAUGAAGAUAGUGGCGAUGCUGACAGACCUAACGUAGGGGGCUGGAUCCUUGUUGAAGAGCCAGAGAUAUACAACCACAACGACAUUGUCGUUGCUGUAAUCACUAAGAAUUUUGGCGAUUGGGAAGACUCCGAGCGAUACAUCGGCUGCUUGGAGCACAUCUAUAGGGACUUGCAAACUGGAUCGAAUGAAUAUACUUUUACAUUUGACGCGCAAAUAUCAUCUUCCAAGGAAAUUGACGUGCUGAUGUGGACGAUUGGGAACCUUACAGCCUACGAGCGUAUUAUGAAUAGUCUAUCUAAUGUGGAUAAGAUGAGCUCGAUACCAAAGGUGUUUCUGAGAGGCCCUGCAACAGGCAUUAGCCCCCUUAUAGACGAUACUCCACACAGACGAGCUGAUGUACCCGAGUCGAUGAACACAGCGCAGAAGGUUGCGAUAUCAAGGGCAACCCAGGGAGGCCCGGAGGAUGUGGUGCUGGUUCAGGGCCCUCCUGGAUGUGGUAAAUCGACGGUAAUCGUCGAAAUGGUGCGUUUACUCACCCCCCGUGUCCAGUAUAGUGCGAGAGUGCAGGUCCUGGUGUGUGCACAGACGAAUGUUGCUGUGGUGGAUCUUGCCUACAAGUAUAUCACCACUAACAAGCCUAAAAGCAAGUUUGAGUAUGUUAUGGUUAUGAGGCCACCCAAGAUCAUCGAUAGCCACAAGAGAGCAGUGCUCGAGCCAUUUACAGUUACCGCUCGAUAUCACCAAGUUGUCAAUGCUGUGUUGCACACCAUCAUACGCGUCUUUGGGUACACCCCCAUCGCAUGUCAUGGGAGCUCGGCAAGAGAUAAAGUUAAGAGUAUUGUAGCCACCGAUUUUAAGAGGUUUGUGGAAAGUGGUUUAAUCAAGCUACUGCCUAUGCGCGCCCGCGAAUUCCUUUCUGGGCUGCCGUCUGCCGAUUCGGCCCAGAUGAAGCCUCUGAUUUUUGGAAUGCGCAACGAACUAGGGCCCUUUUUUAGGCGCGAUGACUUCAAAUCAUUGCUCGAACUGUGCAGUACUGGCCAGGGUACUGACAUUCCACGCUCUAAACCCUUACCCAUUUAUGGAUGGCUGAAACAAGCUCUUCUUCGUGCAGCUUCGGUCGCGUUUUGCACAAUUAAUGUUGGGAUAUCGGUGACUUUUUGGGGAGCCAUGACCAACCUAACGUAUAUCAUUGUCGAUGAGGCAGCGCAGGCACUAGAGCCGGAUGUGACUGCAUUAAUGUGCGUUGAUUCGAGCUUUCGUCGCCUAAUUUUGGUUGGAGAUCCAAUGCAGCUCCCAGGAUAUUGUACAUCCAACCAAGGCAAGCGUGACAUGAUGGACCGCAGCCUCAUGGAGCGUCUCCAGACAUACCAAUUGUGCCAUUCGACACUCCUCGAUGUACAGUAUCGCAUGCAUCAAGACAUCUGUGCUUUCGUGUCCCGAACCUUCUACGAUAACAGAUUGACCUCCGACAAAUCGAUCCACGACAGGAACCCUGUUACAACACUACCAGCAGUUAUGCACGUUAUGUUCCUGGGAUCCCAGGCAAGCCAGUCGAGAAUCACGACAACGAGCGUGGUGAAUAUCGACGAGGCUAGAUACAUUGUUGCCCAUGUAUUCAGUGUGCUGUUGUCGUCCAGGCAAAAGCAAGCUCCUUUGACUAAUCCUGUGACUAAAUCAAUCACAUUCGCUAAGAUGGCGGCGACACUUCCGCAAAAGGUAGAGGCGCGACAACCUGCAGAGGCCCCCACGACCACCAUUGGGAUCAUAUGUAUCUACAAGCCGCAAGCCAACGUUAUACAGUAUCUAGUCGACAGAAUGCUGUCCCAAGGAGCCUAUAAAGGACUUGGAUUUAACAUAGUCGUUAAUACUAUAGAUUCAUUCCAGGGGCAGGAGUGCGACAUUAUCUAUGUGGCACUUACAAGAACUAACAAAAUCAACGCUUUUAUGUGCGAUCCUAACCGUGUUAACGUCGCAAUUUCGAGAGCUCGGCAUCAUCUAAUUAUAGUGGGAGACGCGAGUCUUUCGCUAACAGACAAAAAAGACGCAUCAUCAUCUUACUGGCAUAAGCUGUUUGUGGACAAGAGCUCAAUGAUUAUCGAACAAAAGCACAUCAAGAACGUACCUCCGUACGAAGGACCAGAGAGUGUUACUACUAUGAGGACCGCGGCAAUGCCAGCAGCGCCGAUCACAAUCAAAAAGCUCAUAGCUAGGGGACUGGAUGCCACAACUCCUAUUUGGACCAUCCACUACGAGAGACUUAUGAUAGACCCGAAAACUCCGCAAGGAAUCCAUAUACUCGAAUAUGUCGUGCAAACACUGGCUAGUGGAGAUUUUGACACGGGCAAUGGUGGUAGAACAACAAGGCCUUUAUUCCGCAAACAAAAGGGGGCAGCUCUAUUUUUCGUUACCACAGUGUGUGAUAAAGUGUGCCUUGCGUGGACCGUGAUAGUGCACAAGCAGCGUCAGGCCAUUGAACUCCUUGGCAUUGGAGACAAAACAUUCGUCGAGAAGAAGGUUUGGCCAUCGCUCCGUCGCGACAACGAAAGGCAACCGGAAUGGGUGCUCUCUGCGUCUAUGAAUUUGUGGUCGUCCGGUAUAAGCGUAGACCUCUCCAAGGAUAUGCCAAAAAGUACGUCGCUGCUCUAUGUACCCGCAGAUAUAGAUCCUCCUGCCACCGAUGUAUUGGCAGAUGUACCAGAAAAUGGUCGUAUGAUCGAUCACGACCAUAUUAAAGCCAUGGCGUUCAUGAGAUCCAGGCCCACUAUGAUUCUUGGAGGUGGGGGUACUGGCAAGACGGAGUGCAUGUUGGGUAUGAUCGAGCAGCAACUGGACAUGGAUACAGACUAUGACAACAUGCAGCUCUAUUUGGGAGCAACAGAUUCGUUAGCCAACUGGUCGUCAAUGAGGCUAUUAAAAUGGGAGAGUAUAACGGAACAGGGCUUUAAGAUGGUAUCGUUCACCAGUCUUCCGUCUCUACUUGCAAAGCUCUUCAUGUCGAGCAGCACCAUACACGGGAAGCUUUUUGUGGAUCGAGAUGUCUUUAGGUCCGAAUACAUGGAUGCCAUGCCUGCAAUGGUCCGCAGUAUUGGCGCCGAUGAGCUCUAUGAUGCUAUCCUCGCACGCAUGGAUGUAGAGACACAGAGCAGUAUUAGUUCUCUUAGGCCAGAGUACAAGACAGCGCACAAGGUCUAUGAAUCGGUCAAAGCGUCGCGUGGCCACAUCGACGCUUACGACCUUCACGCACUCGUUAAGCGAGACCCGCAACGAUUAGUGGCUAUGGCGUCGAAGAUUGCACGCAUCUACUUAGAUGAGGUCCAGGAUAUAUCGUGGACAAUGUGGUCCGUAAUCGACAUAAUGCUGUCUGCAGGUACCUCAAGCGUGGUGUGUGCUGGCGAUUUUACACAACGACUUACACCAGGGAUUUCAGUCAAUGGCAUAAAGACGCUUAUCUAUAAACACCUCCCAAAGAGUAUGGAGACCAUAAAGUUUAAGACAAAUUAUCGAUCAGACCCUAGCAUUAUAUCGCUCGCCAAUCGUAUUCAAUCGUACACACGAAUGAGGGAACACGCAAUGGAACCGUCCCUCUACCCUCAGGAAAGCAGCAACUCCGUGGCACUGGUAGAGAUACAGGACAUCGAGCAUGAAAAUGUAGCCGAUGUGUUGCGCUAUAUCGGAGUACCAUCCAACAACUACAGAGCCGCGAUUGUCACAUCGUCGUCAUGGGCACAUCGGCUUCGUGAGACUUUGGGUAAAUCUCACAAUGUCUUUAGUGCUUACGAAUGCAAGGGUCUCGAGUUCGACCUUGUUGUGUGUUGGGAUCUUUUCAACCCAAGCAUGGGUGUAAAAACAUCGAUUCUAAGGCAUAACAUGGGAGCUACCACCUUAGAUAAAGGUAAUAUUGAGGAAGACGAGAACUUCGAGAUAUACUUAAAUCAUCUCUACGUAACCGUUACAAGGGCACGCAAGCAUCUUAUAAUGGUCGUUCCAUCGUGUGAAAGAACCAGUAUUAUGACCAAGGCACUCGGGAUUAGCGAUAUCAUUCAUUACAGCGAUGUCCAGGAGCGUGGACCUCUGCCUGAAAUUAUCAUUCCAAUAGAUGAGCUCAGCGUGUCUGACGAUCUAAGAAUGGCGAUUGUAAUGAGAGAGAGAGGUUUGCUUCAGCAGGCCCUCAAUGUCUUUGAGCAGCACGGCGACGCCGCACAAGCAGGAUUUACGAGAGCUCUAAUCCAUCGAAAUGAGCACAGGCUUCGCGGGGAAGAUCGCGAGAUCCAGCUUUGUAUUGCUGAGUGUUACGAUGUAAUCGAGGCAUUGCAGCAGUCGACGGACAGUGUUCUCAAAAUCGAGGAUGUAAAGCUAUUCCUUGCCCAGGCACUGGUCGCUGAUAAGCAGUAUGCUGAAGCCUGUUUGUUUUACGAAGACCUGGAGAUGGAAGAUGAACUGGUCGCGUGCCUAAUCGAGGCAGUCGAAUCAAAGUCUGAAGAUGUAGCGCAGCUACAAGACCUUGUAUCCGAUCAAGCUGUAGCUAUAUGGGAGCAUUUCAAGGACAACAAUAGAUACGCAAGAUUUGUUAUUGCGUUAAUGCUGAUAUUCAAAUCUUCGCCUGUAGAUAUAGUCCAGUCGAUGCUCUCGCACAUUCCAUCCAAGACAGGGCUUAUUAUGAUGCAUAACUCCCUGGUAGAGGCCAAUAAAAGUGUAUCUCCCAUAUGGGAAGUAUCCCGAAGAAGAAAGUCGCUGCAGAUGGAAUCUGGUUUGGAAGAGUCAAAAGAACUGACAUUCUUAGAAUGGAGCUUAUUGCGACGCCUGGAUGGCCAACACUCCAACGAAGACUUGGUUUACAUUACAUCUACUGGUUGCUUGUCAGAAUCCCAGUCGCCGAUGGCGUGUCUAUUCGUCGGGGCUAGAAACAACAAGACUACAAAAACCUUGUCGCUUCAUAUCCAAUCGGGUGCUAUGCUAAAGUCGUGUCGAUCGCUGGAAGUGCCCUUGAGGCAUGCGGCAACGAAGAUGAGAGAACUCUCGUGCUUUCUGUCCGAUUUUAUGGCACUCCAUUCCCAACUAAGAGGAGAAGAGGCAAUGUACCUGCUUGUCGAGGCGUACAAGACGCAUAAGCUGGAGAUGAGGGGUAGCGAGCAUCAACUCGCGCUCUUUAGAUGGUGUGCUAAGAUGUGUGGAGAUGUGUUGUCUGGUAGAGAUUUGGUUAUUUUGGGUUAUUACGUUGCCUAA